GAAAUAGGGUUCUACGUGCUGUCCUUCGGGUGCGAUCAGUCAUCAAAUACCGGAGGGAGAGAGAAAACUGCUAGCUGGAAGGGAAAAGAUACAGUUAGUUUUAUAUGGAAAUGAUGAAACAAAGGCGUAAGUUAGCAAGUUGUGAAGGUGUAGGAGGUAGUGGUGGGAAUGAGAGCGGGAUAGACAGAUUUAGCGAUCUUCCGGAUCAAGUUGCACACCACAUUCUUUCCUUCCUGGCUUUGCCGGACCUUAGUCGUGUGUGUUGUGUGUCCAAAAGGUGUGGACAACUUUGUAUAUCUGCUCCCUCACUGAAUUUUGAUGAAUUUUCCUCGGAUUCUAUGUCCACCUGUUCCGAGCAGCUAAAGUUGUUGACUUAUUUGGUAAGGUUCUUGUUUCGUCGUGGGGAUAAUAAGAUACAGUCCUUUCGUGUCCGUUGGGAAAUUCACUCUAUGCAUGUAGAUGCAACAUCAUGCAUCUGUGAUACAUUGAGCAUUUGGAUCCAGAAUGCAGUAGGGUGUAAUGUUGAAGUGCUUGAUCUUAAGAUUACUUCAUGUAACACCAAAUUGGUGUUUUUUCCAUCUUGUGUGUUUCUCUGUGCACCUUUGAAGUCUCUGGUGGUGGACAUGAAUUAUACGGUCCUCAGAACUCCCUCUUCUGCCUUUUCCUCUAAUCUCAAGUACUUGCAGUUGACAAAUGUUUAUAUAGAAGAUGAGGAGUUUUUCAAAUGGAUCUCAUGUUCCUGCAAGUGCAUUGGGGAUUUGUCUCUUAGUCAUGUUCAUGGGAUAGAGAACGUCACCAUUUUCCGGUCAUCUUUGGAAAGGUUUAGUUUGAUUUGUGGUCCUCUGGAUCAUAUGUGCCAUUUAAAUAUCUCAAGUGAGAAACUUGUGGACAUAAAUCUUUACUGGACAUUUGAUUCACCUAGCAACAAAUCCUUAACUAUUGAUGCCCCAAAUCUUAAAUGUUUCAAUUGGAUUGGGAAUUUAAUGAAAUACCCAAAUCUAGGAAAACUAGAAUGCUUAGAAACAGCUGCACUUUAUUUGAAGCCUGAAGUAGAGGACUUAAACAAGGUACAUGAGGUUCUUUGGAGUUUACGCAGGGCUCCAGGUCUUUUGCUAAAUGACGUGGUGAUUAAGGCUUCAUUUAUGGAUGGAUCUGUGCCAGCUUCAUUGUAUGAUACUUCCAGUUUGUGUUUGGUUAUCGAAAGCUUUGUUGAUGAGCUGGUCCCAGCAUUGGUCUGUGUCUUCAGAAGAACACCUAAUUUGAGUUUGUUAUGCAUAAAGUCUAAGCCACCACAUAACCCUCAAUCUAAUACAUACGGGUUUAAUAUGGAAUACUGGAAGCUGCAAGACCUUGCUUUUACUAAUCAGCUUAACCAUGUGACUAUAGAGCUUUGCAGUGGGUCUAAUGGAAUUGAGCUGGCAAAGUAUAUGCUCAAGUAUGCUCUCAAUAUGCAGAGAAUGGUUGUGAUUUGUUUGCCCAUAGAUUUGAAGAAGGUUACAAGGAAACUAAAGAAAAUCAAGAUGAUUUCCAAUGCUGUACUUGUUAUUCAGAAAAAGUUAAAAGGAAAACGAUUAGAGCUUUCUUUAUGUAUUGUUUUAUUUUAUGUAUUGCAGAGUUUAUUUUUCUGAUAUGAAUGUUGAUCGAUCCUUUGGCAAUUACAUGGAUCUCUUUGUUUCAAAUUUGAUAAAUAAUAUUCCUUGUUUAGGGAUAUAUUCGCGUUCAUUCAAAA